AUGCUCGCUCGCCAGCUGCCCAAGCUCCGCCCACUGCUCAGCAGACCGCCAGUCUACUCAGUGCGCUGGCACCACUCGCAGUUCGCGACAACGCAGCUGGGCGGGCCAGUCGGCACCCCCACCCACCGCAUGUACUUUGAGCACUCGCAGCAGCCGAUCUCGCCCUGGCACGACAUCCCACUGUCAUCUUCGCCCGGCACCUACAACAUGGUGGUCGAGGUGCCGCGCUGGAGCAACGCCAAGCUGGAAAUCGACACCUCAUCGCCAUUCAAUCCGAUCACGCAGGACACCAAGAACGGGAAGCUGCGCUUUGUCGCCAACGUAUUCCCAUACAAGGGCUACAUCUGGAACUACGGCGCCCUGCCGCAGACCUUCGAGGACCCAAACCACGUCGACCAGGAUACCGGGUGCGUGGGCGACGGCGAUCCCGUGGAUGUUGUGGAGAUUGGCCAGAAUGUGUGCGCGCAGGGCAGCGUGCAGAGCGUCAAGGUGCUGGGCGUGCUGGCGCUGAUUGAUGGCGGCGAGACGGACUGGAAGGUGCUGGCUAUACGGGCUGAUGACCCGCUGGCGCCGCAAAUGCACAGUAUCGAGGAUGUGCGGCGUCUGAUGCCUGGCCUGGUCGAGGCGACUCCGACGAAUCCCUGGGCCUUUGGCGGCCAGCCCAAGGAUGCAAAGUAUGCGGAGCGCGUUAUCGCCGAGACACACAAUGCCUGGCGCCGCCUGAUGGACUCGCCGAAGCCACCCCAUCGCAAAAAUCGGCACUUUGUGCGCAACGGCGUCAUCACCAACACAGAAUAG